CCUUAUAAAAUCCCUUAAUUAUAGGGAUGACAAUAACAACUUCAAGAUAGCUACAAAGAUCCCCAAAUAUCAAAGUAGAAGAAUUGUGGCGGCUCCUUGCAGGAACUGGAGCAGGCAAGCACAAAAUUUGAUGGAAAUCGCAUUAUCGUCGAAACAUCCGAAGUUGGUGAACAUCGAGGAGACCAUCCUCCCUCUUCAUCCUUGGCGGCACUGUCUCCAACCCCAUAACUUUUGUUCGGGGCAGUUGCGAACCUCCAUAUCUUCUGUUCACUCCACGACUCCUCGUUUCUGUCCCAAAGAAAACAAAUUGCAAAUCGUGCACAACAUGGAAAUAAAGAGGUGUUCUUGAGAGGAACGGGGUGAUCGUUCAGCACCCGAGUCUCCUAUCGGCACCUCAAGACGACACAGCUGAAGGUGGUCGAGAUGUCGCAGAAACCCACAAUAACGAGCACUGUGUCUCGACUAAGCGUGGGGAUGGAGUCGGUCGUCGAAGGUUUGGUGAAGGCGUUGAGUCGAUGUUCGGUGGAGCAGGAAAGGAGUUGGCGCAAGAGGCCAAGCGUCUCGGACUGGGGAAGAGGAUGGAGGGAGCGUAAGGAAGAAAGGGGGGCGAGUGUGACAUUGAGAACUGCGCGAUCGAAUUCGGUGGACAUUGCAUCCACUCCGCUUCCCCGGGCCCUACGAGCGAGCAGCGCAAGGCUGCCAGUCGUGAAGGGAGGCGAGCAAAAUGCGGGGAGAGGGUGAUUCAGGAGCCCGGAACAGGAGGAGGCCACAGAGGACGCCUUUCUGUGAAUAUUCUACGCAUUGUGGCGAGAGCAUUGACUCCCCGAUCCAGGCGAGCAAUCCGAGUUGACUUUCAGUUGGGGGCAUGUGAACAACGGGUGGCGACCGAAUCUCUCGCGCGCCUCCCCACAGUGCGCGGAACGGAGUCAACCUCGGAGCCCAGGUCGCGAACUCGCGUUCCGAAUUGCGAACGGGUGGCGCAUUUGAACGCGGGGCCUCUGACGGGGCCUCACCGCGCCGCGACUGGAGUUGCGAAGCCGGCGCCUUCGAACGCCCGAGGCCGGCCCGGGGGGUGGGCGAAGGCGGGGUACGAACGUACGUUGGGGGGCUGCGAGAGAGCGGAUGGCGCAUUCGGACCUCUCGGCGGAGGAGGGGAGCGAGCGAGCGAUGGGAGCGAUGGGAGCGAUGCGCCGGGGGCGGGGCACUGUGCGGGGCGCACUGUGCCGGCCCUGGGCUAGAAGGUGGAUGGGCGGGCCGAUCUGCUCUCGCUCUUUUCUUUGCAAGUCUUUGGAGCGUCGCCGCGCGGGAGGGAAUGCUGCAUUGUCGAUCUCUCGUGGCAGUUCGGACAAUCCGAAGACCAGGCACUUCGCACAAUCGAGAAAGAUCCGAGUGGAUGAGAUCGCGGUCGGGAAAAGACGGGCCCCGGUCCUGACUCACUCCUCCGAAUUCCGCGAGCUUUCUCCAUAUUCGGAGUAGACACGAUGGCAAACCUUCAGUGGCCUUCGAUUUCUGCAGAUUGUGAUUCGACAACUCUGCCAACUGUUCAGCGUGGAGUCCAGUUUUCAAAAUCUGUGAUUUGGAAGCUGGAUUCUCAUCUGUACUUCGACAUUUAGUACUACGGUAGGUCGUGAUCAGGCAUUUCAAAAAGGCGCUGUACCAUCGAUUGAUCUCCACUGGUCAUGGUAUAUGCGCGGAAAAGUACAUAAAAACGAGGCAGGGCACUUCUGAAGAGUCACCGCCUUUAACUUCACCAAGCAUGUUGAGCUCACGCACCAGUUUCACAGCAGGCAAGGAGAGUUUGAAAACUCUUCUUCUUGUUCUCACUUUCCUUCAGCAAUUGGAGCUCAUCGUAACUCAGGGAUCGCCUGAUGAGCUCGCUUUACUGAACAUCAGGAACAAAGUAACAAGUGAUCCACUUGGCACUUUGGAUGAGUGGAAAACUGGAGGAGAUGUGUGCACUUGGGCAAAUGUUGAGUGUAAUUCAAUGAACCGUGUGAUAGCUUUAAAUCUGUCCAACAAAUCUUUAUCUGGGACUCUAAGUCGUUCACUUGUUGAUCUUCAGUUUCUACAAGUUUUGAACUUAGAAAACAAUGGCUUCACAGGAAACAUUCCUGUCGGUCUGGGAAAUCUGUCUAAUCUGCAAGAAUUGAGGCUCGGAAGUAACCCACUUGAAGGGUCUAUACCACAAGGACUGGGCAAUAAUCAGAACAUCUAUUAUAUAAGUAUUGCAAGGACGAACGUGACGGGUUCUUUGCCUGCUGAUUUGGGAAACAUGAAGAAUAUUUCCUUCAUGUUUUUUGAUAACAAUCGUCUAUCUGGCCCUAUUCCUCAAGAGUUUGGAAAUCUUGAUCUCCUUCAAGAACUGCAUGUAAAUCAGGACAAUUCUGUACCUGGCAUGGGCUUGACGGGACCGAUUCCAGCAUCUCUUGGGAACCUAAAGAAUCUUAAGCAGAUGAAUGUUGCCAACAACCAAUUGACAGGUCAAAUACCAGAGUCCUUUGAAGAUCUUGACAAUCUGAUGUACAUGAAUUUGAGUGGCAACAAGCUGGAUGGUCCAAUUCCUCAUCAGCUAUUCGCUUUACCUCAAAUUGCCACUUUUGAUAUAAGCAACAACAACUUCAGUGGAGAUGUACCAACGUCAACUCACUUUAACUUCAGACAUGACAACAACCCUCUUCUCGAUGCAUGCGAUGCAUGCUUUCCUGUUGCGGAUUCAGGGGGAAUUAAGAAAUUCAAUUGGCCUUUGGUAUUGGGAAUUCUUGGUGGAGUAACGGCCUUCUGCCUUCUGGGCAUAUCUGUGUACUGGAUAUGCAGAUGUUGCAACCAGAGAAGACAAGAAGUAAAAGCUGCUGCUUCGAUUGCUCGGAAGAGAUCCUUGCCACCGACUACCAGGCAAAAAUUAACCUCAAUUUCUGAAAAAACUAGGAGCAGCACAAGAUGUUUCACUUUGAAAGAGCUCAGGGCUGCUACCGACGACUUUAGUGUAGACAAUGUAGUUGGCCAGGGGGGAUUCGGUGUUGUUUACCGAACGACUUUACCUUCUGGAGAAGAAGUCGCCAUAAAGCAUGCACACAAAGAUGCCCAACAAGGCCUUGAGGAGUUCUAUAAUGAGGUGGAGCUUCUGUCAAGGAUUCGUCACGAGUAUCUGGUCAACCUAAUAGGUUUUUGUGAAGAACGAGGCGAGCAAAUGCUGGUCUAUGAAUUCGUCCCUAACGGAAAUUUAUUUGAGCAUCUCUCUGGUAAACGAGAACCUCCAUUAACCUGGAAACAACGAGUUAAAAUUGCAAUUUGUUGCGCCAAAGGCCUGGCGUACCUGCAUGAGGGAUGCACCCCAUCAAUCAUACACAGGGACAUCAAGCCCAGCAACAUUUUGCUGGACGAAAAUCUCGUUGCCAAAGUAGCAGAUUUUGGACUGUCUAAGACAGGUCCUGUUGGCAAUCAAACCCAUAUCAGUACGGGAAUCAAAGGAACUCCUGGAUAUCUUGAUCCCUACUACUACUUGAGUUGGCACGUGGGUACAUUUACUGACGUCUAUAGUUUCGGGGUUAUUCUUCUCCAGCUGGUAACGGCAAAACCUGCCGUCGACCGCACAAGAAAAAAUGCGAAUUAUAAUAUUGUGGCGUGGGCAAAAGACUGUAUGAGACAUGGACGUUUCGAAGAGGUGGUGGAUCCAACACUUCUCCUAGAAGGUUACAACCAAGACACAAUGUUGCUGAUGGUGAAGAUAGCACUUCGCUGCUGCGGUGAAGAAAUCAAAGAGCGUCCCACUAUGAGUCAGAUAUCUGAAAGCCUUGAACAAGCUCUGGAAAAGAUGGGUUCAGCAUCAUUUAUCCGGGGUACACCCAGUAUGGAACUCAGACCAGAGAUGUUCAGAAUUUCAGGAGAUAUGCAUGAGGAGGACGAAAAUCUUUACCAGAUCAACUUUGAUGGAAGAUCAUGGGUUGACAUAAAACAUGUUCUCGAUGAGGGGUUUGGAGAGAUGAGUCAAGAUUCGGAUGAUGCCCAUGACAUGAACCAUGAGCUGGACGGUUUUGUCAAAGUCCCCAUUGAUAAUGAGGGCUCUUCAAAGGUUCUCUUCAACAACUCUGAUGCAGGAUACUCGAAAGUUUUCAUGAGCAGAACUGAAUCAAACUACAGGGGCUGAGAAAGCUUUGGGACAUUUCUAAAAGCUCUAGAACUGUUGCUUCAAAGGCUGUAGCUGUCAAGAUGACAGAUGCAUCUUAAAAGGAUACAUACUCAAAAGCAGCAACUUUUAGGAAUGAUACGGAUUGCUACAAUCCGCGUGCCUGAACAUCAUGGCGUGUUGAGGAUAACCUGGGCAAGUAGCAGCACCUUUUGUAUAUGGAAAGCAAAUUUGUGGGUCCCUCGUAUUGAAAUCGAUUAAAAUACGGUCAUAUGAUCGUUCCUAGCAAAAACUGGAAAAUAUUUAAAAUACCAGUUUCCACCACGUACUUGGUCGUGUUCCCUCAGUAAGCGCAGUGGCCAUGACACUCUCAAUGCAAUCGUUGGAAUAAGACGUGCAUACACAUCAGCACGAACUAAGCGCAUUCUGAUCCAUGACACUUGAUCGUGGGUAUGCAUCACAGAUGAACAGAUACGGCUAGGUCUUAAUUGUUUUCACAGAUGUGAAUUCCGCUUUUGUCUAGCAAGAUGAGGAUCC